GGAGCUUAAAGAACAGGCUCAGUUCCCUUUCAACACAGCAGGGCUCACCCAGGGAAACACUGGAAUUCUGAGCAAGUUCCCUAGAACUGGUUAAACGCUCUGCCUAGAAUAUUAGCUGGAGGUGGUUAGAUGUGGACUACCUGUGAAUCUCAAUUUUUGCAACUCAUUGCAUACAGGUCUGGGAGGGAAGGAAACAGUUUGCCGCUUGCUUCAAGGGCAGGCUCAUUUGCAUUUCUCUUCGAGGAAGUAGUAAUGAGUCACGGAGACUUACAUUUCACCCUUUCUUGAUUUCUUGCUGAGUUAACUUCAUUUGAAUGGAAGAGUUAUCCUGAGUGAACUUGAUGUCGAAGACAAAUGUCACUAAGAGAGGUAGAUGGUGGGUUAGUGGAACUGGGAAGGAUCAUGGAGCUAGUUUUAUUUAAAUCCAUCUGCACCAUAAAACGGUUACAUUUGACAGUAUCAUAGUUGUUAAGCAUGAGGAAAAUCCUCGUGUGCCUAUGAGAUUGUAGACUCAGGUAGAAUAACUAUUCUAAAGGUCUGGCCUAUGCUAUCUCCUUUGGAGUGUCAGGGUUAGCGAGGAUUCUGAGGUGACCUGGGAGAUGGGAUUCAUGGGUAAAAAUUGUUCUCUGAGAUGUCUCUGGCAUGUUCAGUUUUCCUCAGUGUAGAAAUGAAGAGCUAUUUAUACAAAUUUAGUGAGCUGUUUUCCUCACACAGACAUGAAAUAUACACCACCCAGAGAAAUGGUAAUAUCCACAACUGGAUUACAUGAGAAAAAGACUUUGGUUAAAAAAUUACUUAUUCCUGAGAGAGUCUGUCUUCAGCUAGGAAGUCUUUGUUUCCAGAAACGUACUACUUCUACAACUGCAUCUGUAGUCUUGUUAAGUAUUUGUUCUCAAUUUUUAUUUAUUUAAUACUUAGUUGGUGUUAAAUUAUAUUGCUCCAAGAUCGCAGUCUGAGAUUAUGAGCGGUUUCGCCCUUAUUGCUGUUCUCAGAUGGGAGCCACCAGUGGUAGAUUAAUCUUGGCCUCAGCUGGUAUGAAUGAAGACAAUCCGACACUGUCGUUUUGAAAACGGUCAAGAAGCACCAAAGGCUCUCCCAUUACUGUCCCCACUGUCCCAUUUAAAGAUUUACAAAAAGAAUUAGACUAAAUAACUAGAAGGCUUCCCUUGGGAGGAAUUAUUUAAGUCAGUUGUCCACAUGCAAGGAAGACAGGAAUGAAUCUUUUCACAGGUUGGAAGAUCCUGAUUUGUCAAGCAGGAAUAGGAACAUCUCUGUGUUGUGAGGAAUGAAAGGUUGUCAUGCAAAUUACACAGUCAGAGAUGCUCAGGUUGAGAAAGCAGUGACAUUUCUUGUAACUGUAGUAUGAAUCAGCUUGUGUUUAGUCUUCUUGAUACUGGAUGGAAAGGCUGGUAUCAGUGUGCCUUUUACAAAAGCAUGAUGCUAGUUUCUUGGGGUGCGUGUGACUUUCACGACAUCCAAGGUCCUUUUUUUUAAAACAAGGAUACAGUAAACCGUAGCCAUGAAAGGCCUACUGGGAUCGGCACACCCUCUGCUAGCUGUUUCCACCCUGGUGUAAGGGCGAUGGAACCCCUUGUUCCUGGAAGUUUGCGCGUCAGAGUAAACAAACUUGAAAACCCCUCUUGAUAGCAGAAUCCAGUCGGUCUUGUUACAUUUUCUCUUAACAAGAUACACCGCGGAAGCUCUCGCAGGCUGCUUUGAUGAAGCCACACGCACCCCCCACACACACACACACACACACAUACAAUUCACAGGAAGUCUCUCUUAAAAGAAACUGAUUCUGCUGUUUACUGCCUGUGUUAAAGGGACAGAGUUCCUUUUUUAUUUCUGAUAACGUUAGAGGGAAAUACAGAAACGUUCACACAGCCUGUGUGUGACUAAGAAUACAGCAAAUAGCCCUGUAGAGCAAACUCCCUGAGGUGAGCAUGGAAGCGCCGUACCUCUUGGAGACUGUCUUGUGUGUAAAGAGGGCUCUCUGCUCUGAAGGAAGGCGGUGGUUCUUCAAGGAGAGGAGCUUUUCUGGAGAGGAUGAGGAAUCUAUUCCAGAGAGGAGUUCCACCACUUCAUUGAUGGCUUUAAUGAGGAGAAAAGCAACUGGAUGCGCUACGUGAAUCCAGCUCACUCUGCCCGGGAGCAAAACCUGGCUGCCUGUCAGAACGGGAUGAACAUCUACUUCUACACUAUUAAGCCUAUCCCUGCCAACCAGGAACUUCUUGUGUGGUAUUGUCGGGACUUUGCGGAGAGGCUCCACUACCCUUAUCCUGGAGAGCUCACAGUGAUAAAUCUCACACAAACGGAAAGCAACCCAAAGCAAUACAGUAGUGAGAAAAAUGAACUCUACCCAAAGAGUGUCCCCAAGAGAGAGUACAGCGUGAAAGAAAUUCUAAAACUGGACUCCAAUCCCUCCAAAAGGAAGGACAUCUACCGUUCCAACAUUUCACCCUUCACUUUAGAAAAGGACAUGGAUGGCUUUCGGAAAAAUGGGAGCCCCGACAUGCCCUUCUACCCUCGGGUGGUUUAUCCUAUCCGGGCACCUCUGCCAGAAGACUUUUUGAAAGCGUCCCUGGCCUAUGGGAUGGAGAGACCCACCUACAUAACUCACAGUCCCCUUCCGUCUUCCACAACUCCAAGUCCCCCUGCGAGCAGCAGCCCGGAGCAGAGCCUUAAGAGCUCCAGCCCCCACAGCAGCCCGGGAAACACGGUGUCACCCCUGGCGCCAGGCCUCCCAGAACACCGGGACUCCUACUCCUACUUGAAUGUUUCCUAUGGUUCCGAGGGCCUGGGCUCCUACCCUGGCUAUGCACCUGCCCCCCACCUCCCACCAGCUUUCAUUCCUUCUUACAAUGCUCACUACCCCAAGUUCCUGUUGCCACCGUACGGCAUUAGUUCCAAUGGCUUGAGCACCAUGAACAACAUCAAUGGUAUCAACAACUUCAGCCUCUUCCCUAGGUUGUAUCCCGUCUACAGUAACCUCCUUAGUGGCAGCAGCCUGCCUCAUCCCAUGCUCAAUCCAGCUUCCCUACCGAGUUCCCUGCCUACCGAUGGAGCCCGGAGGCUGCUUCCACCGGAGCACCCCAAAGAGGUGCUUAUCCCAGCACCCCACAGUGCCUUCUCCCUUACCGGGGCUGCAGCCAGCAUGAAGGACGAGAGUAGUCCCCCCAGCGGAUCUCCAACGGCGGGAACUGCAGCCACGUCAGAACACGUGGUACAACCCAAAGCUACCUCAUCAGUGAUGGCGGCCCCCAGCACUGACGGAGCCAUGAAUCUCAUUAAAAACAAACGAAACAUGACUGGUUACAAGACUCUUCCUUACCCUCUGAAGAAACAGAAUGGCAAGAUCAAGUAUGAGUGCAAUGUCUGUGCCAAGACGUUCGGUCAGCUCUCCAACCUGAAGGUCCACCUGAGAGUGCACAGUGGAGAACGGCCUUUCAAGUGCCAGACCUGCAACAAGGGUUUUACUCAGCUCGCCCACCUGCAGAAACACUACUUGGUACACACAGGAGAGAAGCCACAUGAGUGCCAGGUCUGCCACAAGAGAUUUAGCAGCACAAGCAAUCUCAAGACCCACCUUCGAUUGCAUUCUGGAGAAAAACCUUACCAAUGUAAGGUGUGCCCUGCCAAGUUUACGCAAUUUGUGCACCUGAAGCUGCACAAGCGACUGCAUACCCGGGAGCGGCCUCACAAGUGUGCCCAGUGUCACAAGAGCUACAUCCAUCUCUGCAGCCUCAAGGUCCACCUGAAGGGCAACUGCCCUGCGGGCCCAGCUGCUGGGCUGCCUUUGGAGGAUCUGACCCGAAUCAAUGAAGAAAUUGAGAGGUUCGACAUCAGCGACAAUGCAGACCGUCUUGAGGACAUGGAGGACAGUGUCGAUGUGACCUCCAUGGUGGAGAAGGAGAUUCUAGCUGUGGUCAGAAAAGAGAAAGAAGAAACCAGUCUGAAAGUGUCUUUGCAAAGAAACAUGGGGAACGGCCUCCUCUCCUCAGGGUGCAGCCUCUAUGAGUCAUCGGACCUGUCCCUCAUGAAGUUGCCUCACAGCAACCCACUACCUCUGGUGCCUGUAAAGGUCAAACAAGAAACAGUUGAACCGAUGGAUCCUUAAGAUUUUCAGAAAAUAAGUGUUUCGUGUUGCUUCUUAGGGUAUGGCUUGGUGAAUCAGGGUGCCUUUAGCAAAUUGCUUGUACAUGACUCCAGAUCUGCAAAGCUCCGCUGGCACCGGGUGCUUCCCUGCACCUCUCUGGAAUUAAAGAAGGACUCCAAUGUUACCAAAAUCUCAGGGCAUAAAUGAGGCAAAGACUCACUAUAUAUACAUAUAUACAUAUAUACAUAUUAUAAAUAUAUAUAUACUUAUUUACAGCCAUGUCUAUAUAUUUGAACCUGUGUAUUUUGAAUAUUUGUGUGGAUAUGUUUGCAUAGCGCCUUCCUAUUACUAAAACUAUUGCCUAGCCAUAAUUAUUUUUUCAAUGAUAAUUCUUCAUAAUUUAUUAUACAGUUUAUCUUUCAAAAAGCAAUAAUUAAAGAAGUUUACAAUGACUGGAAAGAUUCUUUGUAAUUUGAGUAUAAAUGUUGUAUCUUUGUCCUGUGGCCAUUCUUUGUAGAUAAUUUCUGCACAUCUGUUUAAAUGCCUGAGACUUAGAAGAUAGCUCUGUGAUUUCAGGCAACCUUUCUCUAUGAUAAUGCUUUAAAAUGAGGUUUUGAUAUUGCCAAAGUCAUGUGGUUGGUGUGUUAACUCAGAAGAUCACACAAUCUGAGUGACAUUCUCUAAGUUGGGGAUACAUGUGCAGAAUUGCUCAGCAAUAAUUUGAGGGGAAGGAAGAAGAAAAAUAUUUUAUGUUUCAGAAUGAUGGUUUGGUUUUCCUCCUCCUAGUCACAAUUUUACCAAACAGUGACAGGAAGGCUUUGCCAACCUGUCUCCCAAUGUCACAUGACCAUUCUGAGUGGCCAUAUGACUUUGGCAUCCCUGGGUGUUAUCUGAAAAUGUGAAGAAGAUAAAAAAGCCGUGUUCAGAAGAUCUGUCGUAAAGCACAGAUGUUGUGUGUGUGUGUGUGUGGGUUGGGGGGUUUGAGUCUGGCUGUCAUUUUGCUGUUGGCUUGUUUUUGUUUUUUUAAUAUCAAAAUUGCACAAAGCUGGUGCCCUACCAAGAAGGAUUUGAUAUAGAAAGGCUCAGGCCACACUUAAAAUACAAGCAAGCAAAGAGAACAGAAAAAAAUAAAAGUAAAAACGGGUAUUCUUAUCAUCUUAGGUUAAGCGGGUAAUGAACAUUCCUGUCCCCAACGCAUCAACUGUAUUGUAUCUGUAAAACUCAGCUUUUCUCAGUAUUUGUGUUUUUGCAUUGUAUAAUUAACUUAAUUAAAGAUGAAAGGGCAUUGCAAAAGUGUUCAACAAUUACCUCAUUGAGUGUAUCCAGUAGGAGUGCAGGAAUUAAUGUCGUAUCUCAUGAGUUGCUACCCAGCUGAGCGUGUGUGCUUCCAAAUGGUAGGCUGGGUGGUUCGGUCCUGUAUUCUCCUAAGCCCAAAGGUUACCUGUUGGUGUUCAAGGUGUAAUAAAGAAUGCUGUAUAUUUAUGAACCUAUUUAUACCAGUAUACCAUGUGUAUAUAUGAUAUAUUUAUAACCACUUAAAUUGUGAGCCAAGCCAUGUAAAAGAACCUAUUUUUCCUAAGAGCAAAAAGAAUCUCUCUGAAGUUUUGCUUAAAACUCCAUGACCUCGCUAUGACUUUGGUGCUUGGGCACCACCCUGCCUACUACCAGAGAGCAGAGCACCUCAGUGCAGAGGUGAGGGUGUGUAGCAUCUUGGGAUGGAUAGAAACACCACACCAUCCAGUCGCAUUUGAUGGCCUUGCUACAUGUGUGUCAGUUGGGUCACAGAAUAAAAAUCAUUUUUCUAUUUCUGCUCUCCUCUUCCUCUUCCUCUUCUUCUUCCUCUUUCUCUCCCUCCUCUAGAACCCUGACUCAUGCUCACUGCUCAGUCUGAUGCUUACCUUAGAGUUUUGUAUAUAUAGAUCAACUUACAAAGAGGGAAAACUUCAGAUCCUCUGGGGGAAACCCAAGAGCCUUACUGACCUGUUGCUGUGACUAGCUAGAUGGGUUUCUCUUUACCUUCCAAGGAUCAAAACCAGAGAUUCCACACAUGCUAGCAAGCAAGCAAGCUGUCACUGGGCUGCAGCCCCAACAAGACUGACAUUUCUGGAUGCAUCUGUAUUUGAGAAAAAUACUCACUUAAUUGUAGGUUAACCAAAGCAUGACCUGACAUUGACACCAAAUACAAAUACGAUUUCUUUGCAGUGAACUUGGGUUGUUUUCCUCCUGUGCUUUUCUUGUGUUGGGAGGAUUUUUACAAGGACAAUUGCUUUUCUUGCCAUCUGUCUUCCUCUUAGGCCUCUUACAUGAGAGUGUUGAGCCCACAAUGAACAGUGGUUGGUUGGUUGGUUGGUUGGUUUGUUUGUUUGUUUUUUCCUCAGAGUUAAAACUGACCAAAGUUAUUGGCUUUUUACUUUGCUAGAACAACAAACUAUCUUAUGUUUACGUACUGGUUUACAUUGUUAUUUAUGUGCAAAUUGUCAAAAUGUAAAUUAAAAUAUAAAUGUUCAUGCUUUA